AUGUCAAAAUUAUCAUUUCGAGCGCGUGCGCUCGAUCCCUCCAAACAAAUGCCAAUAUACUUGGCGGAGGAGCUGCCAGAUUUGCCUGAAUACUCGGCUAUUAAUCGUGCGGUGCCGCAGAUGCCUAGUGGCAUGGAGAAGGAAGAGGAAUCGGAACAUCAUCUGCAGCGCGCAAUAUGCACAGGCCUCAUUAUACCAACGCCAGAGGUUUUUACCACCGACCAGGAAGCCUACGACCGCAUGUAUCCCCCAAAUUACAAAAUGCCCCGUCAACUAAUACACAUGCAACCGUUGGGUCUCGAACAAGAUGUGCCAGACUACGAUAUGGAUAGUAGUGACGAAGUUUGGAUCAGUCAACAGAGUCGACGUCUCGAUCUGACACCACUGAAGUUUGAGCAGAUGAUGGAUCGGUUGGAGAAGAGUUCAGGGCAAAUGGUCGUUAAGCUAAAUGAGGCGAAAGCAUUGCUGAAGCAGGACGAUGAAGUCAGCAUAGCUGUUUACGAUUAUUGGCUUAAUAAACGCUUAAAAAUGCAACAUCCGCUGAUACUGACUGUGAAAACGGAGAAUCGUCCAGGCGCAUCUUCGAACAAUCCGUACUUAGCGUUUCGCCGGCGCACCGAAAAGAUGCAAACGCGAAAGAAUCGCAAAAACGAUGAAACGUCCUAUGAGAAGAUGCUCAAGCUGAGGCGCGACCUGCAGCGUGCCACCACCGUACUGGAGAUGGUAAAGCGGCGCGAGAAGACGAAACGUGAGCAAUUGCAUUUAUCUAUCGAAAUCUUCGAGAAGCGAUAUCAGCUGCGCGACUUCAGUGGUGCUCUGUUCUCCGAAUUGAGUUCUAAUUUGAAGAAUUCCAGGCCAGCGUUUGCCCCUCUGUAUACGAAUCAAUACUCACAUCAUGGAUCAACAGCAGGCAGCACGAGUGCUGGCGUUGUGUCGGCAGGUGCAGCGGCGCAUGGUACCGGCAGUGUACUUGGUCCGGGUGGUUUGCUCGCAGCAGCGGCGGGUGCCAAUAAUGUGGCGGCCGGUAGUGGUGGCCAUCUUUAUGCGUCGGCUUCGCAGUACCUGAAUUCUUCGACUCUAACGAUUGAUGCAAUUAACGCUGGCGCAAAUGGCACUGGCAAUCGUAAGGAGAAGCGGCCGUAUAAGAAACGGAAACACAAAUUGACGCGCGAUAAGCAACAGCAACAGCAGCAUCUAUCGCAACAACAGCCACAACAGUAUUUAGGUGGCGUUGGUAAUGGCAGUAUUUUAUCAACGUCUGCAUUGGUGGCAGGUUCAGCGUUAAGCGCGCAGCAUUUACUGCAGUUGCAUCGUCAGAGCUCAUCGCCGGCUGCAAAUGAAUCCAAUAUCGAAACGGAGGAGGAAGAGUUCGGCAGCGGCGGUUUGGGUGGUGUUGGUGGUGGUAGUGGUAAUGGUCAUCAUACGCACAAAAUGGGUUCCGAAAGCGAGGAGGAGACACCGUUUGCAUUUAGGCGAAAGCAACAUUGCGACUAUCAGAGGCCGUUAGCGCAUGAUGGUAAUUGGCCUUGGGAAGCGAAGGAGGACCAUGGAUUUGGUGAUUCGAAAUAUCGUUUUACAUUAACAUCCAUCAGGCAUCCAAGACCGCGUUGCAUUGGGUUCGCGAGACGUCGCAUGGGUCGGGGCGGUCGCGUCGUAUUGGAUCGCAUCUCCUCAAAUAUGGAUGAUUUUUGGUCACAGCUUGACUAUACGAUAUUUGAAAGCGAUACAAAUUCAGCUGCGGCGAAGUGUGCGACCGUCAAGAAGGAGCAUGUGAAACCCCCCUCGCCACCCACAGUUGUUGACUUGCCUGCUACUGCAAUUGGGUCAGCAGCCGCAACGCCUGCAUCACAAACACCCGCCAAUUCCACAAUCAAAGUCGAGCCCAUCGAGGUGUCAAAUGACAAAAUCGACGCUAUUGCCACACAAGUCAGUGAUGAUGAUGGCGUUGAGGCUGACUUUGAUGAUGACGACGACCAUGAGGAGGCUUUGCGCAUUGAUACAAAUAUCUCGCGCGAUGCCAACUACAUUUCGUCAUUAACAAUGCUGCGUCAUCGGCAACGACAACGUUUGCGCCUGCAGCAAAAACAUCGCCGCCGGCGGCAGCAGCGUCUAAAAGCCAUUGAUGUAACUGUCGAUACAAACGAUGGCGAGCACACUAAGCGGCGUCGCUUCAAUAAUGUAGACGCUGUGGAUUCAAAGGCUGUGUCUGCGUCACAGACAAACUUUGCGGCUAAAGAGCCAUUGCCACCACGAAUGCUGCAUCGUUUGUCCAAGUUGAUUGAUGAGAAGAGCAUGAAUAGUAUAAGCAGUUUCUUGUUGAGUGAAAAGGUGAAACGUGAAAAGUUGAAUGGCGAUGACGUAUCUGAGGAAGUGGUGGUCGAUUUAGUGCGGCAGCAGCAGCAGUUGCAACAGCAUCAAUGGCCAAAUCAUCGUUCCAAUAACAGUUUGAUGAACUACAAUAAUAAUAACAACAACAAUAGUAGUAGUAAUAUAAAUAAGAAUGUAGGCGUUAGCGAUAAAUGUAAUGUGAUAAAAAGCGAAGGCGUAAGCCCAACAACACCUGCGCCAGCGACGACGGAGUCAAUGUCAUCGUCAGCAGUGACAGCCGCCGCUGCAGCAGCAGCAGCAGCAAUCGCAAUGGCAGUGGCAGCUUCGUCUGCGACGUCGUCUAGUUCAGGAACGUCCAUGUUGUCGUCCUCGGCAACCGCACCCUUAACAAAAGCUAUCAAGCAAGAGCUAAUAGACUGUACAAGUGGCGGUGCCUCAGCCGACGAUUCAAAUGAACCAUUAAGUAGUAUAAGAAAAUCGGCAUCUACAUUAACGGGCGCCUCAGAUUUGCAGGUGCUGGAGGAUGAAGAGAAUGUGAAUUUGGCGCAAUUGAGCAGUAUAAUACGACAUACGGUGAAAAAGGAGCCGCUUGAGUGCAGCGAUGCGUCAACUACUUCGUUAACUAACACAACGAAAUUCAACUCCACUAACUACAUGCACAACAGCAUUGGCGAUGAGGACACCGCCAUUUCGACAACGUUAAAUCAAUUGCCCGAUGUUAUACGCCAACAACAUCGCUUAACAGAGCAACGUAAAAAUCAAUUGAAGGACGAACAAGGCCAAACCGAACACCCCGCGUACAGUAAAGGCAUCAAUGUUUUAAUUGACAACGACUCAACGACGCAGCUCAAUGAUAAUUACGAUUAUCUCGGUAGUCUUUCGCCGACCUCUAGCCAGCGAUUGGACGUCUGCAAUGAACUUCUUUCAGAAAUACGUCGUGAUUGGUUGCACUUUCGCCCGAAAACUCCAACCGAUGAGUUGUCCGAUAGCAAUGAUGAUUGCAAAUUGACGCCCACAGAGCCUCUGGUGGAGUGGACGCAACAAACGCCAAUAGCAGUUGAAAUGUUACGGCUACCAUGUGAUUUUAAUGAGUCUCGAAAUACGAAACGCCGACAAAAAACGGACGAGCAGACGCUGAGUAACCUAUGGGAUACACAUUCCGACGAUGCACUAUUCGUAAGUGACAGCUUCAAGUAUGCCGAUCUCGAACCGGACACACAGCUACUACAAACCUAUUAUGCGCCGGAUGUAACUCGCGGUAGUAGCAAGAGUCCAGAUGUCGGUGCUGCCGGCAACUCGAACUCUGCUAUCGAUUUCAAUUUGAGUGGCGACUCGCUGACUGAUAUAAAUCUAUUAGGUGAUGGCGAUGAGACUGAUGAGAAUAUGCUCGUCAAUAUAUUGAAGGAAUGUGAUGACAUUAAGACGUUAAAUCAGGCAACGAACUUCUGGAAUGGCAUCUUGGAAGGUGAAGCUGAAGUUGAUGAAGUGGCUGCAGAUGUUGAAGCCGAUUUGCUCGACUGUAUCGACGACAAACCGAAGAACAAGAAUGGCAGACGCUCAUCACGAGUUAAGGGUGGCGGCAAGUGGCGUAGUAGUAGUGCUGUGUAUGGCGGUACAAGUUUCAGCACAACCGAUGUCAGUUGCGCACUUCCGGAUGAUUUAUUUUUCCAAAAGAAGCAGCCGAAAGUAGAGAUCGUCGACGCACCUGACGUAACAGCCGAUACAGUUGUGAAAACAGAGCCCGCAGAUGUUGUGUCCGACACAGCGCUUGCAGCUAGCAGGUUAGCAACUGCACAGCCGCAGGCAAAUGCCUCAGUAUCAAACCUACCCGCGCAAAUAUUACAAAGCAGUGUUGCUGGCGGUGGUGCCGGCGGCAUUACUGGCAAUGGCUUAACUGUUGCUAGCGUACCGAAUUUCAUUUCGAAAAAUGUGCAGCCACAGCUAAUAGCCGUGCCCGAUAUCGUGCAACUACGCCAACCUCAGGCGCAGCUGCACGUGCAACAGCAAUUAGUAACUCAACAGCAGCCGCAGCAAUCACACCAGGCACAGGUGCAGUUGCAAGAUGUGGCUGCGGUUGGUGAUAUCAUUACUGUCACAUCAACAAACGUGCCGGCACUGCAGCAGCAGCAACAACCGCAACAACAGCAACAGCAAUUUCAACAAGUGCAGGUGCAACAGCAGCAGCACCAGCAACAACAACAACAUCAAAUAUUACAAUUGCGUCAGCCACGUUUGCAGAAUGUCAUGCAACAAUUACAACAACGCCAACAACUACUCCAAAUGCAACGUGAUCUACUAUCGUCCAGUGGCGGUCCGGUCAUAACACAAUAUGUGUCGGCAACACCAACGAAUACCGGCACUACAACCGUAACAACGACGCAAUUACGACAGCCCACACUCACACCCAUUGGCGCAACAGCGACGGGAAAUCACACCAUCUACACCACCAGCACAGCGACGGAUGGCAGCAUUAUUGGUGGCACCCAAAAAUUCUACAUACAAAAAGCACCAUUCAUCAGUGGCAACGCAACCAUAUCCGCAUCACAAGCGCAAGUUCCUAAUAGUCAGACGUCGACAAGCACAGCACCGCCGUCGGUUAUCACGCUGUCCAAUGUGAAGUUAGAAAAUAAUAAUGAUGGUGCGUCGGGCAGUCAGGCGGUCACAUCGGCAGCCAAUACUAAUGUACUAACCAUAGAUGGCAAUGCAAUACCGGCAUCUGGCAUUAGUUCAACGGGCGGUGGUGUGAACAUUCUCAGCACGGCGAUUGGACAUCAAGUAUCUGUACAUACUAGCGGCGGCACCGUACAGCAUUUGACUAAUUCCAGUACCAGCGGUGGUACGGUGCAGCAUCUGUCGUCCUCAUCGGUGUCUGCAGGCCCGACACCACUUCUCGUUACAACAACUACACGACAGGCUCAACAACAACAACAGCAACUUGUGCAUCAGCCAACGCAACAGAUAGUGUGGCGUCAAAUAAGUGGAGGCACGUCGAAUGCGGCAACGUCGAGCGGUGGCGCCGUUACUAUUAGUGGUGUAGACGCAGCAGCGACAAUGGCAGCGGCGGCAGCAGCCAGCGGUGGCUCUGGUGGCAACAAGAUUGUGUGGGCCAGUCGACCGGGUCAAAAACGACUUUUGAACGGUCCUGAUGGUGCGACAGAUAUUAACAAAUUGUUGUUGAACCGCAAAUUCUCACAACGAAAAAUCAUCACUCAAGCCGCUCAACAGCAACAAAUUCACAUUUCUAAGCAAUUGCAACAAUUGCAGCACCAACAACAGCUGCAACAACAACAGCAGCAACAGCAACAGCAACAAGACGAUGACGGCGGAGUAGUGAAUGAUGGACAACAAACGAACACCGGUGCUGGGCUGACCACCACAUUGGUCGGUACGACGUCUCAGGUCGCACAGCAACUGCAAAAAGUCCAAAUGCAGGCAGGUAAAGUGAUAAAGAUGUCCUCCUACCCACUACUGGUUUCCGAGUUGAAUGUUUCCCAACAACAACAACACCACCAGCAGCAACAGCAACAACAAAAGCACAAUUCAGCGGCAAUAGCAGCCAAUCAUAACUACAGUCUACAACCGACGACGGCAAUAAUAACGUCAUCACAAUCAGUGGUGCAUCAGGGCAGUGGCGGUGGUGGCGGCGGCGGCAAUAAAAUCUAUCUAACCAGCAACAACGCUGCGGGUGGAGGCACCAACUUUACAAUAGCCACAGCCAGCGAACUGGCCAAUGCUGUUGCGGCGCAACAAGCGGCCAAUAGUAAUAGCAAUAGCAGUAGCAGUAGCAAUGGCAACAGCAGCAAUAGCUUAACGCAAAAGUUGCAUCAUUACAAAGAAUUGCAGAACUCCAAUUUAAAAGUGAACUUUGUGUCCACUUCGAAUGCGGGUGGUAGUAGCGCCGCGGGUGGCGGAGGUAGUGGUGGUGGUGGUGGUGUUAGUGUGCAUCAUGGCAGUAUUGUUGUGGACGCUAAGGCUGUUGCCGCAGCAGUCAGUCAUUCGCAACAGCAACAAACGCAGCAGAUAACGGUGCCACAACAAGCAGUCGUGCUGCAUAAGGCAACAGCGAAUGCCGCGUUGCAGCAGCAGCAAAAACUGAAACGUGAGCGCAUACUCAACAUAAUAGGCGCCUCUAACAUGGAUGGGAAUGCGGCGAAUGUCACGAACGUUGCGGUCAGUGGCGGCGGCGGCGGCAGCGGCGUUGCUGGUGGUGAAAACAGUAAGCGUGUGCUGUAUACGAGUCUGUUGAAUGUGAAACCGCUGCAAAAGAACAAUUCCGGCCAGAUGCAGAUGCAAAUCGGACCCGGUGGCAUGACGCAUGCGCUCUUACGUCGACACAUCGGUAACAAUCAGACGAUAUUUACAAAUAUGCGUACAUUACCGAUAGCGACGAGCUCCGCCGUGGGCAAUGCGACUACUGUGCAGCAGAUACAAGUAGCGGCUGCCGGUGGUAGCGGUAGUGGUGGUGGCAAUGGCAUGAGUGUUAGCUUGGCGCAGAUGACAACGAAUGCGACGACAUUGUCCUCGUCAGUGGCGACGCAUCAACAACAACAAUCGCUAGUGAGCAUAGUUUCGUCGAACUCCACAGCUGCGGCGGCGGAUGUUAUAACCACGACGGCUUGCGGUGCAUUAACGACCAGCUGCAAUGAUCUCAAGAGUAUUGAGAGUGUUGUUAGCAACAACAAUGGUAAUGGCGGUGGAGGCGGCAGUAAUAGCAACAGUAAUAGUAAUAGCGGUAACAGUGUUGGCGGCAGCAGCGGUGGUGGUAAUUCAAGUCUGUCGAUAACUGCGUCUGCGAACAAUAAUACGCUCGCCUCUGCAAUAAUCAACAGGUGAGACACGGGGAGCUAACUAACCAUAAGAAAAAAUGAUUAUGAUGAGUAUAAGUGUGAGCGCGCUGCAUGGUGGAUGAGCACGACGGCAUUGGCCACGGUCGUUAUAGUCGACGUUGUCGCCCUUGACGCAGAUAAAGCUGUAGUGACAGCGCUUGGUGUUGCACAACUACAGCUGGAAUGCAGUCGCAAAUAUGCUGCUUGUUGUUAGCGUUAUUGAGAUGAUGAGGUGAAAACUCUGAAUAUGGUUGAUUGCACUGAUAGUGGUGAUUAUGAUUAAAAUGAUGGCAUGUAAAUUUAAAGUAGGCAUUUUUGGCGUUAAACAUCACUUUGAACGCGAUGACAAGUGAAUUUAAUGGUGCAAACCAAAAAGCAGGUCUGUGGUGGCGCAAAAAGUGAGAUGUAUGGGCAUGUGAAACAAUUUUUUUUUAAAUAAAAAUAAUGAAUGAAGUAUUGCUGCUGCGAAGGUGGCGAGAUAUUGCAAAUUGCAACUAGAGCGACCACUGCACAAUCAACAUGCAGAUUUAGUAUGACACAAGUAAUCUUCAAUCAACAUGAGCACAUUUCUUCAAUCUUCAAUCAAAAUGAGCAUUGACAAGCGCGUAGCAUAAGUAGGCGUCGCAGCAGCGGUGGUAACAUCAGCAAUCAACAACAAACAACUACUAUCAACAACAGCAGCAGAAAUACAACAACUUAUAGCUUACCAAUUUCUUGUAAUUUUACUAGAUGUUGUUGUUAAUAAUAAUUAAUAAUGUAAAUGUAGAUUAUAUAUUAAUUUAUAUAUACAUAUAUAUGCAUCUAUACGUGUAUAUAUAAUAUAUGCAUACAUAUAUACUUAAUGAGUUGAGCUGCUAUGAAAUGAAAAGAAACGAGAGAUAGUAAAGAAGAGUAAACAAAAACAGAAAGGAAAGAAAAAUGCUAACAAAAUAUGUUUAGUACAAGAUAUGAAUGCAAAAACAAGAAAUCCCGCUACAACGUUACAGCAUCUAAUUUGUUACUGUAAAAAGAAAAGCCUAAUUAAUAAUGAGUGUAGAACGAAAAAUUCAAACUUUGUAAGUACAAGAGCAACCAACAAGCAGCAUGAAUUGCAGCGAAGCAGGAGUAAUGUGGGUAGUGUGUUCGAAAACGUAUGAAAUACCGGGCAAGAAAGAUUAAUUUAUCUUAAAUUCAUAUUCAACAACUUAUACUUUGCAAAAGCGAAAACAUUUAAAGGAAUUAAAUUUUUUUCUUUUGUUGAAUAGCAAAAACUAAAGUGCGUCAGCGCUAUUUGUGCGCAGCCAGUUAAAACAAAAAAAAUAUUUUUGAAUUAUUAAAAAAAGGUAUUAUAAAAUAGUUCAGGAGAAAAUUUCAUACUUGCGGUCUACAAAACAAAUAAGGAGAUUUAAUAAUUACAUUUUUUUAUACCAUUCGAUUAGAAAUUGCUUGCAGCUUCUUAGGUUUUUAAUCAACAGCACUGAAUAACUGUCCUACAUCAUUCAACAUUCAGAAUGGGCUAUAAUAGUUAAGGAAAACAAAUACAAUAUUACAGAAAAUUUAACAAACAAUUGGAAAAUUCAUAAGUCACCACUACCCACAAGUUCGCAUGGUUCAUUAAACUGCUUAAUAAUAAUGCAAUGCAUAGAACAUUUUUGUAAUUAAUUUAAUUUAUUUACAUUUGCUUUAAGUUAUAUAAAUUUCAAACAAACAAAAAAUAUGCAUCAUUUUCAUUUUUUGUAAUUGUUUUCAUUUUCUGUUUUUGUUUUAUAUAUAUUUUUUUUUUUUUAUUAAACAGAAAUCGUUAUAUAGAAAAUACGAUUAUAAGUAGGCGUUAGCUAUAAAUUAAGUGACGCUUUAGUUAUUAAUUUCUACUCCAACAUUUUUUUAUUUUUUUAUGCUAAUAAAAAUUGUAAAUUUAAUUAAAAGAAAGGAAAAAGCGAAAAAAGAAAAAAAAAAUAAAUGGAAAGUUAGAAAUUCAAGUAAGCCUCGAUAAGAAGUAUAUUACUAGCUACACUAUAAAGAGAGUGGGCGCAAUAGCUAGAAAAAGAAAAGAGAAAGAGAGAGAAAGAGAAAGGGAGGAGGAGCAUAAAUAAGAGACGGAGAGCAUAAAAAGUUAGAAACGUCAAGAGGAUGGUUGCAGUAUAAGUGCUACCGAUAAAAAAAAUAGUUGAAAAACACGACAUUCGCUUAUUAUGAUAUAUGUGUAUCAGAUCUUAUUUUCAAGAUCGACUUUUUACUUUUUAAUAAAAUAAAGAUAAAAAAAUAAUUGAAAUAAAUCUAAAACUAUUUAAUUAGCUUUCAAUCGAGUUGCCUUUUUUUGGAGAAUUUGCUUUAGGUAGACUGUGCAGUGUUUGCAUAAGCAUAUUUGAAAAAUGUAUUAUAAAAAAAAUAAUAAUUGAAUAACGAUUUCAAUAGUCAGCAGAUUUUCUUUGCCAAUAUUACCGAAACGGUUUUUUUUUUUGCCAAAAUGCAUAAUUUUUGCAUCUAUUUCUGUUUUUUUUUUUUGGUAAAAGUUUUUCUUAAAAAAUGUUAAAAAAUAAUCAGCAUCCCCACAUUAGCCCUUUUAAGUGAAGAAAAAAAAUCCAUCAUUUAUCUAUGCACGCACUGCACAUUUCCACUAGCAUAAAAGGCAAUCGGUUGUCGGCGGCUCUAUAAUGAAACUCCAUACAAUCCAUACAAACUCUUCAAUACACGCCCAAAUACUUCCGCAAAUACAUAUGUACAAAUAGCACCACAGAGGUUUAGAACCUUUAGGAAAACUAUGAAAUUUAAAAUUAAAAAAACAAAAAACAUAUUUAAGCAAAAAUAAUAAAGUUUAAAACAAAAAAUAGCAUUUACUAAACCAUAACAAAAAAAAAUAUUCACAUGAAUUUUCUUUCGAAUGAAAUGUAAUGUUAAUAGAAAUUGAUAAUUGAAAUAAAUUCAAAAUUUCAAUACAGUAAUUAGUUAAUAUAUUGUAAAGAAAAAAAAUUAAAAGUUGUGCAGAUUCUAUAUGUGAGAGUGAAA